UCUCUCGACAAUCACAAUUGCAGUCAGUUCGAAGUACUGGGUGUUAACAACGCGUUGGCUUGACCUGUUUUCGUCCAAUUUAGCGUAUUUUUCGGUAUUUYUUUAAUUAUGCUGGUAAAAUAGAUAAAGCUUAUGGACUUAAAAAUGGCAAYGUCGUUGAUUCAAUCGCGUAAAGUCGAAGGAAAAGAAGAUACAGAUAGAUAUGAUUCGGCUGAUGACAGCCUUAGUGACAAAGAAGUUACUGCAAGCAUCGUGAAGAAUGGUCUUGCGGGGAAAAGGUCUCAUCUGGACCAAAUGACAAAUGAACGAGAUGCUCUUAAAGAUAACAUCGGGAAGAUCACAGAAGAGAAGGAAAUGUUGAUAAAAGAAGCUGAAGACGCGACAAGACAGCUAGAACGAAUGCACGAGGGACGAUUAAGGGAAAAAGAAAAUAAUUACCUCGACAAGAUGCAAACACUUCAACAAACAAUGAAUGAAGAGCGAAACAAAGAAUUAAUGAACGCAACUCACCAUCGCUCACUUCUCGAAGACUCGCUGAAGAUGACUAAAGGCGAGGAAGGCAGACUAAGACAAAAACUUACCGAAGCAGAAGAAGAAAUUCUUCGACUUGAGAAAUCUUUAGCUGAGGGUCAAGAUAAACUCAACGAGGCGGACAUUGCUCGCGAGAGGCUUGAGAAGGAACUUGAUUCUAUGUCUGACCUGUCAGGGCGGCUUGCAGAUUUGGAAAGACAGCAACUUCUAAAGCAACAGCAAAACCGCAACGCAAACAAAAGCGUUCGAGAAUUAGAAAGGAUUAACAGAGAGCUUCGUGACGAAAACGACGAACUUCGUCUUCAAGUCGAGGGUCUCAUAAGCCAAGUCAAUACUUCGGUCAAGCGUCGACCGAGUCAUCGGAAACGACAGAGUGGCGAAAAAGGAGUACAUAGAGUUGGCUCAGUUCUUUCCGACUACACGAAGCCCAUGGUCAUUCCCCGAAGCAAAGAAGGUGGCCAUUCAACUGAGGAAUCAGAAGAGGAUCAAGUUGAUGGCGGUACGGGUGUGCCUGUUAGAAUGAGAGGUGAUGGAGGGUCGAAUGAGGACGGGGAAGAUGUUGCUGAAAAACAAAGCCAUAUUGAAACCAUCAAAAAGCUUGAAGAAGAACUGAAAGAAAAGGAAGCGUCCAUUAGUGAACUUCAGAACAUCACAACCGAAGAAAAACUUGCUUUKGAGAAAAAGAUAAAAGAGCUAAGUGAAGAUAUUUCAAAAAAUGAAACCUCCUUGAAAGAAAAGGAUGUCAGCAUCUGCAACCUUAAAAACGAGAUAGAAACACUUCGAAGCUCACUUGAUUCUAAAGAAGAAGAAAUGGAGAAGAGAUACGAAACAGAGCUUGCUAACUUGACCACUCAGUUUACGGGUGAAAUGGAGCAACUUCAACAAGCCUUGGUCAAAGAAAAAGACGAAUUAGAAAAAGAUUAUCAAGAAAGGAUGAAAGAUAUGGCAAAUUCUUUCAACUCUGAGAAGAACAAUCUCUCUGAAGAUCUCGAAGGUAGUUUUAAUCAAAUGAAAGAAAUGUUAAUAAACGAGUACGAGAGAGAAAAGUCCGAACUCGAAGAAGACCAUAAAGGGGAGAAAGCGAUGCUUGAAAAAUUACACUUGGCUGAGCUGGAGACGGCGAAGGAAAAGUUUGACGAAGAGAAAACCAUGCUUAUCGAAAAAAUACAAGUUUUAGAAGAGGAAAAAACCGAGGCGGAGUUAAGUUUUGCCAACGAAAAAGCUGCAAUGGAGCAGCAGUUUAGAAUCGACAAAGCAGAGCUUGAGUUAAGCUCUAGUACUUCAAAAGCAGAGUUUAAUAAAAAUCAGCGCGAUUGGGCAAAUUUGAGGAUAGAACUAGAGAAAGGACAUAAAGAACAGAUUCAAGCUCUUGAGGCUGAAUUUAAGAGAAAAAAUUCGAAAACUGAACAAGAGACUGAUAAUCGAAUAUGGGAGUUGAACCAGGAACAUGCGAAAGAAGUAGCGAGCUUAAAACAGAACUUUGAACAGCUUAAGGCUGAGUUGGAGCAGAAGUAUUCACGCCAAGUUGCCGAAAUGCGGGAAUCGUUCGCUCGCGAAAAGAACCAAAUGGAGCAGAAGUUCAAUCGAGAGCAAGCCGAACUGCGCGAUAUGUUAGAGAAAGAAUUCAGUCAUAACUUAGCGGAACAGGAGGCAGAACUUAAGAAAGAGUUCUUACAGGAAUCUUCUGGCAACGAAAAGAACUUUCUAGAAGAGAAAUAUAGAUUAGAAGAAGAAUACCAGGGUAGGUGCGCAGCCAAUGAGAUGGCGUUCCAGAAAUGGAAGUCAGAAAUCGAAGAGCAUUUCACUGAAGAAAAAGCUAAGUUACUUCAGAACUCAGCGCGCGAAAAAUCUGAGAUAGAAAAUAGCUACAAAAAUGAAAUAACUGAACUACGGCAAGCGUUUUCGAAAGGUGAAACUGGUCUCAAAGGACAGCUCAAGGAAGACUUUUAUCAAAUACUCGCAAGGCAUAAAGCGGAUUUAGAGAAGAGCUACGCAAAAGAGAAAGCCCAACUCGAAGAAAGCUUCUUCCGAGAGAAGGCUGAACUCCAGCGAAGCGCGCUGGUCGAAUCGAAAGAAAUACGCGAUAGUUACGCGCGCGAAAAGACAGAGCUCGAAGAAAGUUAUAAGAAAAAAAUCAAAGAACUGCACGAGAAUUUCGAAAAAGAGAAAAAUGAAAUCGAAAAUGAACGAUUAAAAGAAAAAGAAGAAAUCCGCUCCGAACUAGAGGCAGAAUUCACUUACAAGAUUAAAUCAGAUCACGAACUCCUAGAAGAAACAGUCCAACAUUUACAAGAGGAAAUAAAUUACCUCAAAGAUCAAAAGAAAGAACUUGAAACUAAAGUUCAAAGUCUUGAACUCAAAACCAUGGGGCGAGAUUCUCUAGAUAUUCGAGUCGCGCGCGAAAAAAUCAGUGAUCUGGAACGUAAGGUGGAUACGCUUUCGAAGGGCAAGACGAAGCUCAUGGCUGAGAGCAGCGAACUCAAACUUAAGAUCGAUGAAUUGCAAAAGGAGAACUCGGCGUUGACUGAAAGUGCCAAAGAAAAGCAGAGAAAGCUCUUGAAGGCUGAAGAGGUCGAAAAUGAAUCCCUUGAAGAAGAUAUUGGGAAACAAAAUAAACGAGUUGCCGACCUUGAAGCAGAAAUUGAAGACCUAAGAAAAAAAUACCACGAGUUAGAGGACAAUUUUGACCGCCAAACUGCAGAGAAGAAGCAGCUGUUAGAAAAACUCAAGGAGAAAGAAAACCAGAUCUCUGGGUUGGCAUCCGCUGAAACCGAGCUUUCAAGCAUCAUGAUCAAAAACCAAGAGAUAGAGACGCUUCUGCGUACGCGUGAUUCAGAGAACGAGGAGUUACAAUCCCGUCUCCAGGAACAGAAUAUCGAACUGGAAGCCGAGUUGACAGACCUGCAGAAAGAGCUGAAAAUGGAGAUCGUCAAGAGCCAAGGUUACGAGACAUUGUUAGAUGUACGAGAAAAUGAGUACCGCGAUCUUGAAGAGCGCCUUAAAGAAAAGAUGGCUGAAAAUACGCAACUCGAAGAACAAGUUAAACAACUGACUGAAACGGUUGACCGAUUACAAAAUGUCGAGCUUACUGAACUACACGAAAAGUUUCAAGAACAGCUAUCAUUGAAUAGCAGUCGAGAACUACAAUGCAGUGAACUUGAGGAAAGUCUAAAAGAACAGUCGACUAACAACAGUGAGUUGGAAGCAAUUAUUGAAGAUCAGAAAAAGAACUUAGAAGAAUUACAAAACUCGACGAUUAAAAGUCUGCAGAAAGAAUGUGAAGAUUGGCGCAUGCGCUCUUCAGAAUUGCAAGCAGAAAUUCGUCAGCUGACCUCAAAGAUUGCAGACGUUGAAAGUGUCCAAAUUCGGGAGCUUGAAAUCCAGCUUGAACAAAAAGAUGUGAGGAAUGCCGAGCUUGAGGUGAAACUGAGAGAACUUACUGGUCAGUUCCAAGAUACAGAAAGCCAGAAAAUAACAGACUUGCGUCAGAGACUAGAGGAGAGAGAUACCCUGAUAACGCAGCUAGAAUUAGAAAUGGAGAGACUUAAUCUCGAUAAGAAAAAUAUUGAAAAAUCACGAUUGGGAGAGCUCGAAGCCAAGUUUGCAGCUAAAGUGGCACAUAACGAAGAACUCCAAAAAGAAGUUGAAAUUCUUAUCAAGAAGUUAACAGACGUUGAAAACAAUCAGGUCAGAGAGCUGAGGGAAUGGGUACGAGAAAAAGAAGAACACAAUGUGCGCCUGCAGCAACAAGUAACACAGCUGACCAAACAGAUUGCAGGCAUGGAAGAUAUUCGACGAACUCACCUUGAGGCUAAAAAGACCAAAACCGCGCUUCUUUCACUGGAGAGAAAACUAGAUGAUGUUAACAACCAGAAACAGAUUCUUGAAAGACGAAUAAGACAAAAGGAUGUGGAAUGUAACGAGCUAAACGAUGAGGUCUACGCACUGAAGGAAAAACUGGACAACAUCGAUAACUCGUACAAGAGAGAAAUUGAAAUUGAAAAACAAAAGGUCAUGGUUACCACCACAGAGCUAGCAACAAUCAAAUCAAAACACCAACGUGACGUGGCAGAGCUCAGAGACAAAUUACACCGAGCUAGCAUAGCAAGUGAUCGGGACCAGGCUCUUAGAGAAAAGGUCUUCAACGAAGCUAAAGCAGAAGUCAUGUCUUUGAAUAAAAAGCUCGAGGAGAAGACUCGUCGCGUUCGAGAACUAGAGAGCGCCAGUCAGUUAUGGGAGAAGAGAAUCCGUGACUUAGAAGCACAGAAGAUGGCUAUGAGUAUGAAAGUACAAGAAACAAGAGAAGCUCUGGAUGAGCAUGUAGCACGACUUAGUAAACAGCUUCAACAUUCUGAAAUGAGAACCACGCGUUCCGACACGUUGGUCCAAGAACUAUACAUCGAAAACGCUAAAUUAACCAAAGCACUUCAACAAACAGAAGCCAGCGAGAAGAAAACAGAAAAGAAUCUCCGUCAGUUAAUGGAGCAGAAACGUGCCUUACAAAGAGUUAUAUCCAAGCUGUGUGGCGCUAAUGCUAUCGCAACCACAAUGCACAAGUCCAAGAAAACCAGAACAAGGCAAUCAGCCAUCCCAGUACGACAGUGCAACAAUGCACACAGUGCGCAGACUCAGCAGACCAUCUACACCACAAGAUCAGAUUCCUCAGAUGGAGAAAUCACAACAGUGAGACAGUCCUUCCGAAUAAUUGGAUCGCUAGAUGGAGAUAAUAGAAACUCAGUAGAAUCUUUCUGCGAUAGUAAUAAAGAUAGUGGAUAUGAUGGGUCCCAAGACCUGCUCAACCAAGACAGUGGCUUGRAUUGUUAUUCCGAGAGGAAAAUGAUGAAAGCUGUCAGUUUUGAAGAUGUGGACACAGAAAAUGAUAGCCAAGUUUGGGCCCAGCCAACAAACAGCUUGAAACAUGAGCUGGAUGAAGAAGUAGGAGAAGAUGAAGAAGCUUUGAAAGAAGAACUUUUGAGAAUCUUUGAACGUGAGAAGCUAACACUUGGGAGCUUCUUCAAACACAAAAUGGAAGAUAUGACAAGAGAAUUUAAGAAUAGACAAAAUGAAAUGGAAGAAAAUUCAAGAGCAGAAAAAGCCGAGCUAGAAAAUGAAAUUGCUCAAGAAAGAACAGAAAUGCAGAAGAGUUUUGCAGAUGAAAUUGCGGCACUUACUCGCACCUUCAACGAAGAGAGAGCCAAUCUGGAACAGUAUUACAAGGACCAACUGAAGGAACUGAGGGAAAGAUCUACCCAGGAACAAACUGAGAUGGACCAGAAAACUGCAAAGGAAAAAAGUGAGUUGCAAGAAAAAUUAGAGGCURAGUUCCAAGCCAUGCUUCGAGCAGAGAUAGCAGACUUGAAACAGUCAACAAUGGAAGAAGCUACAGACCGAGAGAAAAGACACAGUAUGGAAAAGUUGGAGAUGGAAAGAAAGCACAAUGUAGAAUUGACAGAAGCUGAAAUGAACGCACAGAAAGUAAAAUCUGAAUUGGAAAUGAUGUUUACACAGGAGAAAAUGAGAUUAGAGAGUGAACUUAGGGAAAGAAUCCACGACUUGGAAGUACAGCUAAAAGAAGAGAGGGAGAAAAGGAAUGAACUGGAGAGACUUCUUGAAGAAGAAAGAAUAAAUCUUGAAAAACUUGACUGCGAAAAGAGAGAAGCGAGCGAGAAUUUCAAAAGCGAGCUCGAAGGUCUGCGGAUUGAACUAGAUGAGAAGGACAAAAGCUCGAUGGAAAUGAGGAAAGUUGAAGAGGAAAUAAGAGUGAAGGGUAAAGAUGGUCUAAGUGGAAGGCUUCGUGAGGAUUUCGAUAAAAUAGUGGAUGAUUACAAAAUGGAACUCGAAAGGAACUACCAAAGGGAUAAAGAAAAACUUCAAAAAGAUCUUGAUUAUCAGUGUCAGGCAGAGAAACGGAGAUUUCAGGAAGAUCUUGAACGCGAGAAGAAAAAGCUGAUUGAUGACAUCGCAAGAGAACGCGAAGACAAUGAAAAGUCAAGGAAGAAAUGUCAAGAGGAUAUUGAGGAGAAAGCAAAGGUAAAGGAGAGGUUUUCACAAGAAAAUUGCUUGAAAUACGACACUUAUUCAGGCAGUCGUGAAGUGCAACGAGGAGAGAGAUGGCAAGAUGACCAGGACUACCGUGAGUUUGAAAAAGGAAAAAAUGGUUACUCACCAUCCAAACAUUAUUCAAGGGAAAGCAAUGAAGAAUUCUCUUUUGCUGGUUCGAAUGUAGGAAAUGAUUCACACCAUAACGAGGAACGAUAUCCGAACUCGUCCUUAAGACAACCAGUUUCUGGAAAAAUUCAGAUCGAAUAUGAAAGUCCUUCUCAGAUCGAAAGUAACGAGUCAACAUGUAGAGGAAACGACAUUUCAAGCCAUCUUGUUUCUGAAGAUAAGGAUGGAUUGGAAUCACAUAACUAUGAAACGGCCCCAACUUCAAAUGAUCUUUUUUACGUCACACCAGGAAGUGAAAACUCGUUGAGGUCAGAAAUUAAUGAACUGAGGCGGGAAAACGAAGGCUUCAAGGCUAAGAUCGCAGCAAUGGAAGAAAAUAUUGAUCUUCACAAGACAUACAAGGCCGAAGUCAAAGAAGAACUCAGCCGGCUCCAAAAGGAUAAAAAUGAGUUGCAAUCAAAGCUAGAGAACAAAGAUACGGAACAAGCUAGACAUAGAACCGAUGAACUAGAAGAAAAGUUAAGAGAAAGUGAGUCAAAGCGUCGGGAAUUUGAGGRAAAAAUUAAGGAAUUGAACGAAAGGUUAAGGAAAGUCGAGUAUAGGUCUCGUGAAAAGGAGCCGAGAGCUUGUCCGUUUGAGGAUGAACUGAUGAAGGAUGAACCGUCUGUGGGCAUGAUGGCGGGAACAAACGAUCCAAUAGAAAUAAAGGAUAGUAUUCAAACUUGCUAUGCAAGUCCCUCACUAGAGUACAUUAAGGAGUCUGAAGGAGAUCGAAGCCUGAACCAUCCACUCAACGAGCCGAGUUUAUGUGUUAAGCCUGCGAGCCAAGAAAACGUUUACGGUUAUCCACAGGAGACGAAAAGUAAAGAAUACAAAAGCUCCUACUGCGGAGAUACCACUGCGUCAAAUUGUGGGAGUGACAGCUACAGGUCGUCCUUGAAUGGUUUCGAUCCAAACAAGUCUGGUUACUCAGACAGGUUUGGUUCAGACGCUGAUUAUCCAAGAGUAACAAGACCAGAUCUGUACACUUCAGACAGGCCAACUAGUCCACUUUAUGGAAGUCACAGCAGUCCGAGCUCUAGAAUUAGUAACAAACGCAAUACUUCAAAAGAGAAGUACAAACUUGGGGAACACAGYAGUUUUGGAGAGAAGAGCGAUCCAUUCUUUGAAACGUCGUCCCCAAGAUCUUUGAAGAAAGACAGGCCUAGGCGUGAUAAGAACUCCUCAUUUGGAACUAAAGACAACAUGACAGCAAAAAAGAAGGGAGUAAGUGAUGACGAGAUUUCAUCAGAAGAAGAAGAAAGCCACGAUACACAUGCGUCUCACGAUCACAAGGCCAAUUAUGAGAAAGCAGUUGCCGAGAGAGAAAAGCUAAAGCAUUUGAUCAAGAAAUUAAAAGAAAAAGUUGAAGAACUCGAAAAGGAAAAAGAGAGAAUCGACAGGGAAGAGUACAAGCUCAAAGAUGACCAAAUUGACAACUUUUCCUCACGUAACUUGCCAAUAGAGAAUGCUGCAUUGAAGUUGAAGGUUGAAGAAAUGCAAAGGAAGAUCAAGGUUUUAGCUGACAGACUGGAGGCAGAAAAAUCAAAGAACCCUUCAGAUAACGAAACGCUUAAGAGGAAGCCGUACUCAAUGCAAGACAUUGAAGAUCUUCAAGGAAAACUCCAACGUACAGGUGAUGCCAUUAAGGGCAGCGACGAUAACCUCGACCCCGAUGUACUGAGGAGAAUCGAAAGAGAGAUCAAGGCUAUAGGUGACUUCAUUAGGAGUCACUAUUACGAGGAAAGCCAUGGCGGAUCGUCCUAUCGUUCUACAAAUGAUGCUGGAAAAGUCUUAGGGCUUCAAAUGGAAAAGAAAGAGUUGGAAAUGAAGCUGGACAUGGCAAAAGAGGCGAUGAAUGACUAUGUGACUCGUCUGAGUGACAAGAUGGAGGACUUUCAAGAAUCAAACAGUCUGUCUGAUUCCACUUUACAAGAGCUAUACGACCGCAACGCCAGACUCAAAGAAACAUUAAGAGCACUCGAGAAGGGACAACACAAAUCCCAAAUGCAAAACGAGCAGCUAAGGCACCAAAAGAUGGCACUUCAAAAUUUGAUUGGGCAGCUUUGUAAACCUGGUGACGUUUCCUUUGGCUCGCAGUUCUCGAGCCCGAGGCAUUCUGGGAGAGGAGGCGGUAACUAUGGUUGCACCAUGACGUCGCAGAUCCAUUAUGGAAUUCCUAAGCUUGAUUUCAAUAAAAACUAUGGGUCUUGAGUUUUGAAAGAACUGAGUUGGGGGUAACACUCAUUUGAAUAUCAGAGAUGUUGCUCAAUUUGUUUUCGUUCAUAUCCUUGUAUUUUUACGAGAUAAAUGUACGCUUUUGGGUAACUGAAAUACAAAGAGAUUUUAUAAAAAUCAAAUUUGCUUUUAAUUUAUUGAGUUUGGACCGAACCCGUCAUUGGAUUUAUCACUAGUUUCAUUUAUGCAUUUUUAACGAUUAUAACCUUGUGAAGCAUCUUAUGAAUGGGGAAAAGGUUUCAAAGCUAUCGUCAGUAACAUUUUGUACAAGCAUAAAAAAAUGUUUAUAUAUUUUGAAGUUCUUGCAAUUGGGUGUAUAUCAAAUAUGCUAUCUUAAAAAAAACAUAUAUAAAAUAUUUUAAAAAAAUCUGUUACUCAAACAAAAUAUUUAUGUGUCGACGUAAUAAUAGGAUGAAGCAAAAUUCACAUUUCUGGAAUUUACACCCCGCUGGUCGUACCAUAUUAUGUAUAUGUAAAUAUAGGUUUUUUAUCAGAUAGGUUCUAGAUAAUUUACCCUAUAUAACUAUACAUAUAAAAACGUUUUGAUAAAAGGUCCAUACUUUCCUCGUUACACAGGUGACAAUAUUUUAAUUUAAGUGCUUUUUUUUUCUGUUUGCUAUCAAUUGAUUUUUUUGGAGCAUGCAUAUGUAUUCUAUUGAUCUUAUUUAAUAAAAUGAUUUAAAAUUA